GCAGAUUGCCGACAAGUUGGUAAACGAUCGGUGUUCCACAGUUCUAGGGUGAUCUUUGUGCGAUUCGGUUGCUUGCCAGUACGCUCCUGCCAUCCGUGAAGUGUUUGUGUGUGUAUGUCUGUGUGUGUCUGUGUGUUUUCAACGCAAGCAAACACUACUUCCGGUUCAGUGAACGACGCAUCUUACUGACAGAAGAGAUGCUUUUUGGUGCCCAAAGUGUUAGGCUGCGCUGUGUGGAGGAAGGCCUAAGCUGACAGCAAUUAGAAGAACGCGCCCCCAUCCGUGACAUACGCUUCGAGAGCAUUGGAGUUAGGGGAGGACGAACCAGAAAUUCCAGAGUGUGUGUAUUGAUGAAUGUGCGCAAAUUUCGGUUCCUUCUGUAAAGCAUUAUCUCUGUGAAUGAUUUGACCCAGUUCGUGCGCGCAUAGACUGGCUUUGAAGACAGCUCUCCAGACUUCCCGGCACCAGUUGGUGUUAGGUCAAUUCUCCCCGUCUUCUCGUUAAGCCAAUCGGGUGCGGCCGUUCCCUUUUCGCAUACAUUCCCGCAUAAUGCUCUUACCGUUCGCUAGAAACACGAAUUGAGCUCUAAAUUGUAUCAAAUUAAAUAAGUUCCUGCCUUUGUGCGCUCGGUGGUGAUCCGUGCUGCGUCAGUGCUGGCCUGCGAUCUGCGUCAUCUACGUUUGCAGCUUUUGUGUACUCGCAUUCGCGAUCCUUUCUUUCCGUUCGGAAAGCCCAUCCCUCUACGUCGGGCUCUACCUAGUGAUCGUUGAGUGUGGUGCGAUGUGGCGAAAAUCCGGCACCGAUCGGGCGGGAAAGAUGCGUGACCGGGUCGGUGGGCACCGGGGACAUCCGGGUAGCGGUGGGCUGGAGCGGCUCCGUGCCAACAGCACCGACUACACCGAGCGCAUCUUUCACGACGAGGAGUUCGGCGAGGAGAACGUCGAGCUGGUGGACGAGGAGUGGGCCAGCUUCGAGCGGGUGCUCAGAGAGUUCCGCGAGCGCCGCCUGCUGAACGCCUCGAUGGAUAACUUGCCGCGGCAGAAGAAAUCGUCGCGCAAACGGCGCGCCCAAGCGUUCUAUCCGAUGCCGAUGCCCAGCAUGAGCGACACCGUCGAUCAGGACAGCAGCUCGGUCAGCAGUAGCGACGAGGCGUACGAAACGGACGAGGAUGGAUACAUACGCACGCUCAUGUAUGGUCGCUACACGAAGGAUCUAGGAGAAUACGCCAAAGAUGAAGCGCGAAGACUCAGGCUUCUUGAACGACGAAGAAAGAAAGAUGAUAAAGCAAGAAACAAGGAACUGUUGGACGUGCGGGACAACAAGUUCUUCAAGGCGGCAUCGUGGCUGUGGCGCAACACGUUCGCCCGGCUCGGCGAGGACUGGGUGUUCCUGGCGCUGCUCGGCAUCAUCAUGGCCCUGCUAUCCUACGUGAUGGAUAAAGGCAUCUCGAUGUGCACGAACUCACGCGUGUGGCUGUACCGCGAUCUCACGAACCAUCCGGUACUGCAGUACCUCGCCUGGGUGUCGCUGCCCGUCUGUCUGAUCCUGUUUUCGGCCGGCUUCGUCCAUCUGGUCGCACCGCAGAGCAUCGGCUCGGGCAUACCGGAGAUGAAGACGAUACUGCGCGGCGUCGCGCUGAAGGAGUACCUCACGUUCAAGACGCUCGUCGCGAAGGUGAUCGGGCUGACGGCGACGCUCGGCAGCGGCAUGCCGCUCGGCAAGGAGGGCCCGUUUGUACAUAUAGCUAGUAUAGUGUCGCAGCUGCUAAGUAAGAUCAUCACAUCAUUCCAAUCGAUCUACGAGAACGAAUCGCGCAACACGGAGAUGCUGGCGGCGGCCUGUGCCGUCGGUGUCGGCGCCUGCUUCGCCGCCCCGAUCGGGGGCGUGCUGUUCAGCAUCGAGGUCACCACGACGUACUUUGCGGUACGCAACUACUGGCGCGGCUUCUUUGCCGCGGUGUGCGGCGCGACCGUCUUCCGGCUGCUGGCCGUCUGGUUCCAGAAGGCGGACACGGUGACGGCCAUGUUUUCCACCAACUUCACGUCGGACUUUCCGUUCGACCCGCAGGAGCUGUUUGUGUUUGCGCUGAUCGGUCUCGUUUGUGGUCUAGGUGGCGCACUGUACGUAUGGGUCCAUCGGAAGUACGUGCUGUUUAUGCGAUCGAACAAAAAGAUGAACAAAUUUCUCCAGAAGAACCGUUUCCUGUAUCCCGGCAUUGUGGCGCUCAUAGUGGCCACGCUCUCAUUUCCGCUGGGCUUCGGAAAGUAUAUUGCCGGCGAGCUGAGCACACACGACCAGGUGCACCAGCUGUUCUCCAACUUUACCUGGACCAAGCACGAGCUCACGGUCGAGCAGGCGGCCGUCGUCUCGAACUGGCGCACCCCGGAGACGAACGUGUUUGCCAACCUUAUUAUUUAUUUGCUCUACACGUUCUUCAUGUCGAUCAUCGCGUCAACCAUUCCCGUGCCAUCCGGUAUGUUCAUACCAGUGUUCAAAAUCGGUGCCGCGUUCGGCCGGAUCAUCGGCGAAGCGAUGCAUCUGUGGUUCCCGCACGGCGUCCGGUACGGCGGCAUGCUGGCCCCGAUCAUCCCGGGCGGCUACUCGGUGGUCGGGGCGGCCGCUUUCUCCGGCGCCGUCACGCACACCGUGUCCGUCGGCGUGAUCGUGUUCGAGAUGACCGGCCAAAUCACGCACAUCGUGCCGGUCAUGAUAGCGGCCCUCAUCUCGAAUGCCGUCGCCGCCCUGCUCCAACCGUCCAUGUACGACAGCAUCAUACUCAUCAAGAAGCUACCCUACCUGCCCGAUCUGCUGCCGUCCGGGUCCGGCAUGUACAACAUCUACGUGGAGGACUUUAUGGUGCGCGACGUGCGCUACAUCUGGAAGGGAAUCUCGUACCAGCAGCUGAAGGAGAUACUGAAGGCGAACAAGAGCCUGCGCAGCCUGCCGAUCGUCGACAGCCCGGACAACCGGACGCUGCUCGGCAGCGUACAGCGCUACGAGCUGAUCAAAAUGAUCGACAAGCACAUUGGGCGCGAGAAGCGCCUCGAGGUCGCCGCCAAGCUGAUGAAGGAAGCGGAGGAGAAGGCCCGGGAGGAGCAGGAGCGCCAGAAGCGGGAAGCGGCCGAGGCGGCCAAGGCGCGCCGCCCCUCCCGGUUCGAGGUCGUGCCGGCACCGGACAUACUGAAGCUGCGCGAGCGGGCGAACAACGAGAUGCUACCGCCGCAGGCUCGCCGCGAAUCGAACGCGUCGCUCACGAGCGGGCCCGUGUUUGGCGCGACGCAGCCGAAGAAAUCGAUCCUCAAGAAGACGAACUCGUUCACGCUGAAGGGCUUCAGCCCGCUGUCCCCGCACAGCCCCGUGCACACGCCGUACACGACGAUCACGGGCACGGAGAGCCGCAUCCGGUCCGCGUUCGACAUCAUCUUCCGCAAGUCGGCCACGCUGCAGGACGUGACGCCCGAUCCGGAGAUUGGGUCGAUCGGUACGCCCAGCAUUGUCGGGUCGGAGGUCGCCCCGCUGACGCCCGGCAUCUCGAAGAAGGUGCAGCUGCCGCGGGAGCGCGUGAUCGACAUGUCGCCCGAGGACCAGAAGGCGUGGGAGAUGGAGGAGAUGGCGAAGCCGAUCGAUGUCGGCAAUCUGCACAUCGAUCCGGCCCCGUUCCAGCUGGUCGAGCGCACGUCGAUCCUGAAGGUUCACUCGCUGUUCUCGAUGGUUGGCAUCAACCAUGCGUACGUAACGAACGUUGGCCGUCUGGUCGGUGUGGUCGCGCUGAAGGAGCUGCGAACGGCGAUCGAGAGCGUUAACAAUGGCACACUGACGCCGGAAACGGUGAAGGCCAAACAGGAGGAGGAAGCACGAGCACUUGCUCAGAAAGAAUCGGACAACAACAACGGCAUUUCGGCGGAAGAUCCUCUCCUGCCCAAGCGGCCCGGCGACACGUUCAGUGACAAAAAAGUAAAUAACACCAUCACCUCGAUGGACUCGGCACUGUCCAACUCGGACAACUGUUCCGACAUCGAGCUAGACAAUAUUAACAUUGAUCACGGUGACACUGCAGCUACCACUAAUGGCACCAUCACUACCACUACCACCACCACGCCCAGCACCAAACACACCAACAACCAUUCCGGUUCACAACAGCAGUAAAAGGGGUGGCAGUGCUGGUGUUGGGUGCGAGCGGGUUGUUUAGUGGGUUGUUGGGAAGGUGUAAAACGGAACCAAACGGGGACCAAUAUACGAACAAGCACUGCGCGUUCAACCGUUCUAGUACCACCAGCAUCUCAAUGCAAUCCCUCGUCAGCAACAAAAAAGACACUACGAUCACGACACAUCCAUACCCUCACACACACACCUACACACACCGAGGCACUCGGGAGAACAUACUGCAAGGGCACAGGAUCUCAUUAUGCCUAGCGAGGGUGUCGCUAAAACACCGAUCACCGACCAACAGCAAACAACAACUACCCAACACCUCACAUCAUAAAUCCACUGCGAACAGAAAAGGCUCGAAACUGAAUCGACGGAAAGACAGACAGCGAAAACAUUGUGCCCGAUGCCGUCAAAGCCAUAUCCCAACUGGCACCGGUUGAACCGGAUGCACAAUAUUGCCGGGACAGGCGCUGGAGAUGUCAAUGUGAUUUUGUACUUUAAGUAAUAGUGACUUCUUCCAGCGCGUACGUGUUGUCUGUGUGUGUGUGUGUGUGCUGGGGUGUGUUUGUGUCCUUUAGUUAUUAAAUAAUUUAACACCGAGCUCCACGCAGCGGUACGGCCAAACGAGAUCGAUAGCGAUGUUGCGGUGUAACUAAACGGGUCCGUUGGGUGUGGUAUGAUCGAGAGCUUCGUUCACGGUACGAGCAACCAGGUACCAAUAAUUUCUGCCCCAUCGUGGUGGUCGUAGUGAUUUUAGUGCCAAAUUUUAAGCAAACACGAAACCCGUUCUAGUAGGAAAUGCCAGCCCGGAUCCCGGAUCUAGGCGGGAUCGGCAAACAACAAAUGUGCCUUAUUAACCUCCUUCUCCGCUGAUCAGGUAGUCACAGAGAGUCAGUCAGCGUAGAUGGUUAUGUUAGCGAUAGUGUAAGCUUGUUGUGUUGUCGCUGGUUUUUUUUUCUUCCUGUUUCUUGUUUCGUUUCGUAUUUUAAACACUGAAAAAGGAAAGCGCAAAUGGUAAAUUAUUUUUCGCUCCGUUCGUAGAACUGACCGGCACACAGAACAGAGCGUGUCUGGUACGCGCGCUGGGCACAGCAAGAUUGGUCGGUGCGUGGCGCGACCGGAACCAGGAAACUCUCCUGCCUGUGUUGUGAAUGAGGGUAGUUUUUAAACUCUAGCAACGUAAGACAGAAAGCUGUAUAAAGAUGAUCAAAAUAAAAGACGUAUAGUUUAUGAAUUAUUUAAAUUUAAAAAAAAACA